ACGUAGUAAAAACGAGCCUGAGGACUGGGGUCUGGCACGAGCUGAUAGCCGCGAGAGUGGCAAAAGGAGCGAGAGAAAAAGCGGCUGCGCGACAAAAGGGGCGGUGGGGAGAAGGAAUCGCGGAUACGUGCAGGCCGAUACAUGGAGUGCGGCGUGUAAGCGUCUGAAUUCAGUCUACAUCCGACCGUCGCGCGCGUCGCGUCGCGAGAAGUCGUACGGUCGAGCUUACCAUGGGAUCGGAACAAGAACGUAAAGGAUGAUAUCGGUGAGACGGCGGCUUACGUAUAAUACAACUGGACGUGAAUUGCGGUCUUAUCGCGGACUUAACGGGAGCGCUUUGUAAGAAGGGUAUAAGAAAUUUGCGACAGCGUUUAUCAUCGGAUUAGAAGUGUAUAGAACGAUCUUCGGAAAGUUGAGGUACCGGUCUGAACAUCGUCUCGUAUGAAAGUUGCAAAUAAGAAUUGCAACUUGUAGGAAUAAAGAAUAGGGGAAUUGAGUAAAAUAUCGAACGGCGCGCAUUGGAGUUAUAAAAAUAAUGAGAAUACCGGCGACGAGAAGGUGUAACAAAGAAUAAAAUCAGGCAACACGCAGGUCGAAUGCCGAGAUAGAAUUUCGUAUCGGUUUCUGUAUGCAGUCUCGCGAAGGAAUAAAUAAUUCGCCGAUGACAAGCGGUAUAUUAUAACUCCACCCGAGAGGCUAAUAUGCCAAUGACCAAUGAUCGGAGCUCGGGGAUGUUUAUGAAAGAGGUGACGGAGCGGAGAGUGAAGGAAGAUAGCAGACUGGACGCGGACAACUCGCAGCGACAAAUUCACGCUCUUGCGACAGGUGCAAGUUAUUACGGCGCUGCCUCUUCUAUCUCGCACAGUGAUAAUAACGUUUAGGAUUGUCAUUAUUGUCAACCAAAUGCGUGCCAUCGUUCAGAAAAGUCUUCUCUCCCGUAUCGUCGUUUAAGAGACAUUUACGCUCGCCCUAUCAAAGUUUACUGUUCGCGAAAUCACGCUCCAAAGACCGAAAGUAAAACCACGAAGAAAGAAGAAAGGUGAGGAUAUACGCCUUUUAAACGACCGGCCGAGCUGAUUUAUCGUUGCUUGUUUCGUUCCAGGGCAUUCGAGAACGGAGUGAAGUUGUCGCGAAGAGAGCGAACGCAGAGUACAUCUCAACGGGUCGACGAGACGAGACGAGACGAGCAGAGCAGCGCGCCUCCCGACAAGCCUGCUCUCGUUUCUUCCGACGGGAAAAAUUGCAUCGGAAAAUCGAAUCGGCACGCGGGCGUGUGUGUCUGUGUCGCUGCGCGCGAGAGCCCGUGUCGGUGAGAGCGGGUCAGUGAACGAUUGCGCGCCGUCGCCGUCGCGAGAGCAACGAGGAGGGAGGCUAUCUCUCCGUUUCUUUCUCUUCUCUCGCUCGCUCUCUCGUACUUCGACGUACGUAUAUGCACGUGCGAAAGCGAGGAGAAACGUGAAACGCGCGCGUGCGCCGGCUUCUCGAGUGUACUCGGCGCCCCGACACACACUUAUACGUAUAUAACCACCCGCACGCAGACAGGAACAUCAAAGUACGUCGUAUAGAGCUUCGCAGGUGCGUAAGUAUACGCGGACACACGCGCGCGCGAUAGAGAAGACAGCCGAAGAAGAGUAGAAGGAGGAGGAGGAGGUGGAGUUGGAGGAAAAGGAGAAGCAGGAGGUGGAGGCGCACAAGAAGAAGAAGAAGAAGAAGAAGCCAGUGACACCGGGAGGGUCGGUUGUUCCUGGUGUAUAAAGCGGCCACCGGGAUACAUCUAUAUAUUUGUGUGCGUGAGCGCGCGAGGAACCGCCGCGUGUGUCGGGAGAGAUCCGCGGAUAUAAGCGAUAUACGGUGCGCGCGAGGUUCUCUUUCUCUCUCCCUUUCGUUCUCUUCGUCUCCCUCGCGCCCCGAGCAGGAGAAAGAAAAAAAGGGAAAACAAAAGUUCGGGCGAAAAGAAAUGCGGGUUCGUUGACUGCGCGCCGCCGCCGCGCGAUGGCCGUAUGCUUGUGCCCGGUGCUGCUGGUGCAUAGUGUGCGCGUGACAGAAGCGACGACGACGAGGACAACGGUCAAGACGCCACCGACGGUGAUCGCGACGCCGGCAACGACCACGACGACGACAACGACCACGACGACGACGACGACGACGACGACAGAGGAGGUGCCGCCGGCUGCUGCGCGUUGGCCGCUCGACGAAAGCAACGUCGAGAAACAGUGAGUCUACGCACGCUCCGCUCCGGGAUUCAACCUCUCGCAUCACCACCCGGCAUCGGCGGGCGGCAACUGUGCGGGGCCAACGGCCGCCGGUAAAUCCGUCGACGAGGUUCACGAGAAAAAAACGAGGCGUCCAUUUAUCAUUGCAUCGAACGAAAAGAGAGAUAGCGAACUGAGAAAAAUAUUCCUCGAUUUGAGUGGAACUUUGCGACCUAUAUUUUCUCACGUGUAUUCGUUCGUGCAUCCGUUCUUUCAAGAAAUUCGACAUCGAAAAACUGUCGUGUUGCUCCUUUAAUGUAUCCACGGAAUUCAGCGUGCAAGGUAACACGUCGCACGACGACAAAUUUAAAGUUCUGAUCUCGGAAGACCGAUCGACUCUAUCAGAGCCAUCUUGAGAGCUUUCUCGACCGAGAACGGAAGACCCCUCUCGAGAAGACUAUCGCGAUCCAGCCAGACGAUUGCGCGGACGUUCGCCGGUGUCCAGAAAUCCGCGAGCCGCGCUUCUCGAUCAAACUCUGUCGUCGCAUUUAUUGUUAGAUCGAUCGACUCUGCGGGAGGGAAACGUCACGAAGAGUCGUGCAUCUCGUCGUCCUCGUAGACGUUAAGAUUGACUCUCGAUAGGCAGCCGCAGUCAAGAUCUAAUCGCAGCCGCUGGAUCAUCUACCUUUGCAAUCUGAAAGGAUUCCGUUCAGUAUCUGCGUUCUCUCCCGACGAGAGACUUCGCGAUCGCUCAUUCACCGCGUUGAGAUUGUAUCGGCGUGAGUUUUCGUAAAUUAUCCGCGAACCGUUCGCGUGGGAUGUUAACAUCGGCGUCAAGUGCGCGUUCGUGCCGGAUAGUAGCUCCGUUCUGAUCGUCGAUGAACGUGAUUCGGUGCCGGGAAAGUGAGGCUCUAAUUAACUCGUGUGUGGCGGCCACGUCGUCUACGUGCCACAUUGCCUAGGCGGUGGAUCGCCCAGUUAGGAGACCAAACCGGAGAGGCGGCCAGCUGUUAAUCGGCAGCCACCGCGGUGGACAUGAUUAUUUCAAAGGAUCUGUUCCUCCUUGGCGACCAGGAUUAUCUGCGCCUUCCCGUCAACGAGAAGCGCCAGCAACGGGCAAUGGGCCGGCCGAUCAUCAAUGCUCCCAGAGUGGAAAGCUCAGCGCUGCAGUUGGUGUGCCCGCUGGAUUCUCGUCCGGUGCAGCUAAUCUUCCGGGGAUUGCAGGUGGUCAAGGAGAAGCGAGCACUCCUUCGAGAUGUUUCGGGAGUCGUCAAGCCAGGCGAAUUAUUGGCCGUUAUGGGCCCUUCAGGCUGUGGUAAAACAACACUGCUGAACUGUUUGUCCGGCCGUGUUGGCUUGGACGGCGGUGAGAUCUGGCUGAAUCGCGAGAGGCUCACCAAACGGUGGCGCAGAAGAAUCUGCUACGUACAACAACAAGAUGUUUUUUUUCCCGAUCUCACUUUACGGCAGACGCUCGAGUACCAGGCGAGGCUGAGGCUCCCGGACACGCUCUCACACUCCCAGAAGAUGCAGUGCGUGGACCAUAUCAUCGAGGUCCUCGACCUCGCGGCCUGCCAAGACACCAUUAUUGGAGAUUAUACGAAACGAGGACUUUCUGGUGGUGAAAAGAAGAGGACGAGUAUAGCUUGUGAAUUACUCACGAAUCCAUCAUUAAUGCUACUUGACGAACCCACGAGCGGACUCGACUCGCACUCGGCGCAAGCAUUGAUCUCGCGGUUAAAGAAAUACGCCGAGCAGGAGGGUAAGAGCAUCGUGGUGACGGUGCACCAACCUAGUUCCAGGAUGUUCCACAGUUUCAGUAAGCUUCUCUUGCUGAGUCGCGGUCAGGUGGCGUACUACGGUUCGACGGCGAAUAUCGGCAGAUUCUUCUCUACGAUAGGGCUUAACUUGCUGCCGCAUUACAACCCUGCAGACUUCAUCCUGGAACAAAUAAAGGGGCCGGAGGAGGUUCGAGAGCGCAUCAUUGCCGCGGCGAGAGCUGCAAGACAGGGACCUGACUGCCCACCGGAACUUCGUCCGGAGUAUAAUCCCAGCCAACAUCCGCUCUGCGACCAUCUCAUCCAUUAUCACGAGCACCACAUCAGCCACAACGUAAAAGAAGAUGAAGGCCGUACGCUAUGGUUGGACACACAAAGCCACGCCAGCAGCAGCGCGAGUUCUGCAGAUGACGACUAUUCCUGGCAGUGGCCCACCAGCUUUUGGUCGCAGUUCAAAGUAUUAUCAGAGAGAAAUUUUCAAGAGGCACGACCGCGGAUGUUGUCGCGUUUGAACUGGCUACAGACGGUAGCUCUUGGUCUGCUGGUCGGGCUUUUAUGGCUGGGGCUUCCCAGAACUGAAGCAGCCCUUCACGAUAUCCAAGGGUGGAUGUUCUUCAGCACCACGUACUGGAUGCUUUUUGCACAUUUCGGAGCACUUUCUAGCUUUCCCCCGGAACGCGAGGUGAUCAACAAGGAGCGCCUGUCAGGAUCCUAUCGGCUCUCGGCCUACUACCUGGCGAAGAUGGUCGGCGAACUGCCGCUGACGAUAACGCUGCCCGCAGUCUACCAUAUAAUUAGUUACCCGAUGUUGGGCUUCCACAAUCUGGCGGUCUUCGUCACGCUGCUCGCGUUCUUGCUGCUCAACACCGUGGUCGCGCAGAGUGUCGGCUUCUUCGUGGGCGCUUGCUGCCUGGAUCUGCAGGUGAGCAUCACCGCGUCCGCGCUCUACACACUCGCGACGCAGCUUUUGGGUGGUUAUCUGGCGACGUCGGUCCCACCAUGGCUGGCGUGGGCUAGAUACGCCAGUAUGGUGCACUAUGCCUAUCAGAAUAUGCAGAUUCUGGAAUUCGGCGUCGGCCAACCGAUCACAUGCUCGCAGCCGAGUAAAUUCGCCGAGUGCAGAAACAGCACGACGAUACCCGUCUCCGCAAUUCUGGAGAGCCAAGGGUCGAGGGGCUCCGGUCUACCAUUGUGGGCGAAUACGGCCGUGCUCCUGGCGUUCCUGAUCGUUUUCCGGACCCUGGGCUAUCUCGUCCUGCGUUAUUACCGUGUACCAAAAUGAGCGUGUCGGGAGCCACGCAAGUAGCACGCAAAUUCUCCACACGAUUUUCGCGAAUCUUCAGUUUUGUUACUAUAGAAUAAUAACAAUUGUCGCUGUCGUCGUCGCGUGUCUCGCUCUUAUCGGGAAAAUAACGGCCGUACAUUUCGACGUUUCGUCUCCCAGAGAAUUUCUCUCAUCGAGCCACCGAGUGUAUCUAUAUAAAAGUUUUUCUAUCUGGCUCGGGAAACAGGUGGGAAAGAGGUGCGAAGUAGUUAUCGCGCGAGCGCGAGCAUUUUUACUUUUCCCAAUAACGUGUAUCGAGCAACGCGGCGCAAAAUGCGAGACUCCAAGAGACUUUGCAAGAACUAUAAAUAUAUGUUGAGACUACAUCACAAUAAGGAACGCGUGUGAUGUGAAAGAGAAAACGUGCCAGCGCGCGCACGCGUGCAUGAAUGUGGAUAGCGUGAACGAGCAUCGGAACAUGGUUUGUUUUCUCGUUGUUUGCGGCAAGAAGGGUAUAAUAGUAGAGAAAUUCGACGCGGUGUCGCCGCGCCGCGGAAAACCGACUGAAAAUUUGUACGAUGGCGAUGAACCUUUAUACAUAGAGAUAUAUAUUAACGUAUACAUAUACACGCAUACACGCGGACGACGUAGGAUUAAGUUCUUAAACCGUAUUUGUAAGCGACCCAUCACGUCUUAUUUUUACUUUUAUUACCGCCACAAUUGCUACGUUAAUGUUCGUUGAUACCGGUAGGAAGUACUGCUACUGUUACUAUCAUUACUUACUAUCUUUACUAUCGAGACGCUGUAAUUAAGAGAUAGAUGAAAGAUUAUGCUGCUAAUUCUAAAGUUGACAGGGAAGAGGAAACAUAUAUAUGUUAUACAUAUAUCAAUACUGUUCUCGUGCCGCGCGAUGCGGGAUGGGCGCGCAGUUUCGGAAAGUUUGCACGCGCUGUGGUCCCGCGUGACGAAUGGCGUGGCGGUGAAGAAAAAAAAAGACUUUUACGUCGAUUAUAGAAUUUGUUGGUUUCUGAUAUAUAUCUCCGUGAUAUUACUCGGAUGCAUAUUGCGAGAAUGGGGAUCCAAAAUUAACGAGCGGUAUAAUAUUUCAUUGUUUUAUUUUGUACAUAGAGAGAGAGAGAGAGAGAGAGAGAGAAUACUACGUAUGUAUAUAUUAGGAUGAAAUACACAUAUUUCAAUCUUAUAUACAUACAAGAAAACACACAGACACACAUUUGUGUCAUGCAUAUACAUAAUGAUAAUGAUAGUAAUAAUAACGAUGCUAAGUAUUAUUAU